AUGUCACGAUCUAUGGAUGAUGAUUUCACUUAUUUUGUCAAAAUUCUCGAUGACAAUGGUGACCGAUAUUAUCUAAAGAGUUCGAUUGACGAAAGAACGAACACGAUUUUGAUGCAGCUGACAAAUUUAAAGUCUGGAUGGAUCGGCACAUUAAAUCAACAACAAGUUCGACUAUUAGCAAAGAAAUUUCCACCUGAGCAACACGAUACGUUCUAUUCUCAUACACAACGCGCUUUUUCCAAAGGAAAUCGUUCGGAAGUAGAUGGAAAGACUUAUGUCUUCAAUUGUAAACGACUAGAAAAGAAUCGCGUCGAAUUUGUGUGGAAGCAAAUGGUCGAUGAUUUGAAUUCGUUGAAGAUCAUUGGCAAUGCCGAACUUCAAGAACGACCCGUUGAUGAAAUCUUAGCUAAAAUGAUGGAUCAUUUGAUUGACGAAAUGGAUACUUUACGAACUACUAAUGAACAAAAAAUCUUCGAAAUUCAACGUCUCAAUGGUCAAUUAAACAAAGCACUCGAAACAGUUAAGCAAACCGUGGAUAUGAAAGAAAAACUUGAAGCUGAUCUUUAUCGAAAGGUAAAUAAAUUAGAUUUAUACGUAAACAUAUAUUAA